AAUUUUAUUUAAUUUUGGGGCAAAUACAUUUAUUUCAUAAUUUAAACAUCUUUCUUACUUAAGCACUAGCUUUAUCAAUGAUCUCACACAAGUCUUUAAUGAGACGUGAUAAGGUGCACACUGUCGCAGCCAUCUUGGUUUUUAUGGAAUUGUUAGAUGAGAGAGAAUUCUGUACCCUUUCUCAUCCAUUCUCCACAUUUUCGGAAACCAUUGCGUAUUUGUAGCAUGCAACUAUCAUUCACUCUCACUUUCUUAUGCUAUGGCUGACAAGAGGAGGCUUCAAGGUGAGAUAGAUCGAUGCCUGAAAAAAGUGGAUGAAGGUGUUGAGAUCUUUGAAGAUAUCUGGCAAAAGGUCCAGACGGCAACAAACAGCAACCAAAAAGAAAAAUAUGAAACGGACUUAAAAAAGGAGAUCAAGAAAUUGCAGAGGUUACGUGACCAGAUAAAGACAUGGCUUGCCAGCAACGAUAUCAAAGACAAGCAGUCUUUAACAGAUCAUCGAAAAUUGAUAGAAACUCAAAUGGAGAGGUUCAAAAUUUUGGAGCGUGAGACAAAGACCAAAGCAUAUUCAAAAGAUGGUCUUGGUGCUGCAGCGAAGCUGGAUCCACAGACAAAAGAGAAAGGAGAAAUGACAACUUGGCUUGCAAUGCAGAUAGAGAGUUUACAGAUCCAGGUUGACCAAUUUGAGUGUGAGCUGGAAAGUAUGGAGUGUUCUUCCAAGAAAAAGAAAAUGGAAAAAGAUGCUGGACCUAGAGCUGAUGAAUUGAAAACUUUGCGUGAUAGGCAUAAAUAUCACAUGAAGCAGCUUGAGCUGGUCAUGAGGGCUGUUGAUAAUGAUGCGGUGCCCUUAGAGCAGAUCAAGAACAUUAAAGAAGACAUUGAGUAUUACGUGCAGUCCAACCAAGAUCCACAGUUUAGAGAGAAUGAGUUUCUUUAUGAUGAUUUGGAUUUGGAAGAGAUUUGUGAGCCAGGUACACAGGCGCCAGGGACAUCUCCAUUUGACGCAGAUGAUCACGACAAGUUGGAUAGCAAUACAGCGUCAACCAAUUCCAGUUCACCAUCACCUAGUCCAAGUGUUAGUACCAACCAUUCCACAGAAAAAAUUGAUGAGAAAGAGAGAAAAAGGCACAAAUCUCAGUCAGAGGAGGUAUGUGGGAAACAAAUUCUUUAUAUGGUAUUGAAAAAACUUCAUACAUCAGCACCACUUAUAUCAAAAAUUCAGACCACACCUAGCAAGCAGUCUUCUCAAAGCAAUUCAGCACCAUCUCAAAACACGGAAGCCAACAGUAUAAAUAGUAAUCAUCAUCCACUUUUGACAGCAACACCACCCUUAGCAGCAUAUGCAGCUGCAGCAUCAAGUCAACAAAACAACAUAGUUGACUCAAAGCCUCAGGUGAACUCGGUUAAUGACCACAUGGCAGCAAGCAAUAUGAACAGUAGCAAUGUGCCAGCUUCAGGCUCUGCCAACCCAAAUACUGUUUCUCUCACCUCCUCUGGAAAUCCCUCUGUGCCAUCUGCACCAUCACCCCAUGUUGGUGCUGUGGGUGUGGCAGCCUCUAUUAGCUCUAGCUCCUCCACCUCUGGGAUCAAUUCCAUUCAGAUCAGCAGCAGUCGGUCAGAUGUACCUGUGGUCAUGAAUGGACCUCAUAGUGCAGGCAGCCAUUUCAUUCUGAAGAAUCAGGAAUCCUUGUCAUCUCUGCAAUCAAUAGCACAAGAAGCUGUAUCAAAUGCAGAACUGGAUGCUCGAGUUACAAGUCCUUUACAGAGGACUGACUCAGCAGGUGUCUUCAUAAAUCCUUCACAAGCACCUUCACAACCCACCGCUCCUUCACCUAAAGACCAGUCAUCAGCUGUCUCCAGCACCUUGACGUCUCAAGCCCUAACUGUUUCGCAGGUUGCAAGCAGCCUACAAACAAACCUACAGAACUCUGGGUCACAGACCACUAGCAUCCAUUUGAUUCCUCUUUUGGGAGUUGCUCCUUUGGGUCCUGUUCCCCUUGGCAAAGACAAUGUUUAUCAGCUGACGAUGAUUGAAGCUGCCUUUCAUCACUUGCCUCACCCUUCUGAUUCAGAAAGGUUAAGGCACUACUUACCACGGAACCCGUGUCCCACACCAUCGUACUACCAGCAAGUCCCACCUCCUCAUGCUGAUUCUGUGGAUUUUUUCCAAAAAUUGUCUACAGAAACACUUUUCUUCAUCUUUUACUACAUGGAGGGAACCAAAGCUCAAUACUUGGCAGCAAAGGCAUUGAAGAAACAAUCAUGGAGGUUUCAUACAAAAUACAUGAUGUGGUUCCAGCGACAUGAAGAACCUAAAUCUAUAACAGAAGACUAUGAACAGGGCACAUACAUCUAUUUUGACUAUGAAAAGUGGGGCCAAAGAAAGAAAGAAGGUUUUACUUUCGAGUACCGGUAUUUGGAAGAUCGGGACUUGAACUGAGCUCGUGGGGGUCUCCAUUCGUGCAUGUGUGCAUCUGAAGACAUUGUGACUUAGCUACAGACUGGCAAUGCUGGCCAUUAGACAUACUGCCGACGAGGAAUGACUCUUUAACGUCUGAUACUGGUCGUUCAAGGAUCUCAAAACAAGAGGCUACGUUAUCAGUUACUGUCUCACCUCUCUUUGGGAGUGUAGCAUUUGUGCAGCUGUUGUGGUGAUAACAGGCUGAUCAAGCCUUUCUGCAGCAUCGUCGUGGCCGUCCAAGAACAACCAUUACUUCCUGCAUACUGCUCCCUUCUCUGUGAAUAUGCCAAAAGUUUAAAAGAGAGAGAGAGACUUGUUUAAAAUUUUAGCAAACAGCUGUUCUUCCAGGAUUUCCAUAAAAUUUAAAAAGGGGGAGGAAGAGAUAAAGUGACUGUGGCUUCUAAGAUGUCACUGUUAUUUUGCCAUAACAGUUGAAAAAUUUUGGGUCACUACACCUGUUCACAGUGCAAUGUUUAAUUAAAUAGAUGUAUACGAUACAAGAUUAUGCCAGGCAUUUUUUAAACAUAUUGCCUGCUCUGUAGAUGCUGUUUUAAAGUUGUGCAUCAGUGAUAAGGGUGUGGCAUGCUGGACAUAAAUGUCCACUUGGUGGAUCAACAGCUGUCUGUUCCUUAUAACAAGUUCUUGGCCCAAGUGUCUCCCUCUUUAGUCUUCUUUGCCUUUCACUAGGUAGCUACUGUUUUGCAUUUUCUCCAUCUGAUUUCAUCUUGCCUUCAUUAGCACAUCAUUAAUGCCUUAAUUAUGACAUCUGAGAUACUUUUCAUAAAAAAAAGUUUCACAUAAGUGCCAUGAAAAAUUUUAAAUCAAAGCAAAACUGAAAAAAUUGCAUCAAUAACAGUUUUCUAGGCAGUAAUAUAGUUUAGCAGACUUUACCAGUUUUGAAACUACUGAUUUGGGGCAAUUAAAGGUAGAAGGUAGAAAUUAAAAGUUAAAAUACAAUUAUUUCUUCAAAAUGCUACAAAAGAUUGGAAGUUUAUCAGUCAAUGAAAGCUUAUAAGUCCUUUUUAAAUGUCAUGAAUGACUUUAAGUGUAGAUCAGUGUUUUGUAGAAAUGUGCUCUAAAGGUUUACAAGCUUCCUUGAGUAAGUAGAUGAUCAGAUGUGCUUACCCAGUCUGCUAGUUAAGAUCAAUCAUUUACUUUGUGUUAAUAAUAGUGAAAUUUGUUUAGUUUUAUAGAAACAUCAGCUAAUAAAAUCUAAAGUGGACACCAUAUAAGCGAUUCAAAUGAUCCAAGUUGAUGACCAUGGAGUAAGAAAAAGAUCAUGUUUUUGAUUCUUUCUAGCUAGUUUUUAAGUGAUCUUAAAAAUACUUCUGUCCUAAAAACUUUUUGUGAGAAAGGCAAAGCAUUGCAGGAUGAAACGGUGAUUGACGGACUUACAAAACCAGUUAUGUGAAGAUGCCAUGGAUUACUUUAGGAGGAGCUUUUAUCAAGAAUGAUAAUAGAUAAUCAGCAUCUUAAACAGUGUGGAAAUAUUAAUAUAAGGUUCGCUCGACUGUUGUGACUUAAAAUCUUUUAGAAUCAAAAUGUGAUUAAUAUAGUUUUUGUUUAGUCUAACAAAAAAGAAAAUAGGUAUAUAUAUAUACACCCAUCUCUGUUGAUAAUAUCUUUAAUUUUUAAUCUUUAGUUUUUAUUUACUGAGAAACAGCUAUUUCUUGGCAGAUAUUACAUUGAAGUAUUUCUUUUGGAGCACACCAGUCCAUGCGUGCAUCUGUUGUGUUGCAUUCCUUUACCAAAUAUUUACUCUGGCAUUUGCUCAUAGUUGCAAAACUUGGCAUGCUAGAUAAAGUUAAUUUUUUUCCAUCUAUGGCACAGGGAGGAGACCCUAUAACUCACUGUUCAAAUAUUUGAAAUGUCUUUUCAUGUAGACAUUUUGGAAGAAUGUUGGCAUUUAUUUGCAAAUAUAUCAGGGCUUGUUAACAGGAAAAGGGAACAGUGUCAGAAGUUCAUUCAUCAGGUAUUUGUUGACUUCAUUAUGAGUAUGAAUCAUCACAUAUCUGCAGAAUGGCUGGUCAGCAUGGAUUUCUGUGUGAAUGAAAGUGAAUUAAAAGAGUGCAUGCUUCACAUGAGAGUGUAGGCAGUAUAGAUCAGUUACCUGCCCCUGCAGCCUGUCGCAGAUACUUUUUUGUACCAGCUCUAAUAUUAGAAUGUGUGCAUGGGAUAAAGCAUUUCUAGUUUGUGUGUGGAUGUUUGUUUUUGGCAUUUCUCAUGCUUUAUAACACAGAACAAAUAUUAACAAUGGUGCUAACUGCACAUUUGGCUGCCAUGUUCUAUGCAAUCCUGCAUUUGUCAUGGUAAUCAGAAGACAAGCUCUGUGUUCACUGGAGUUGUUAUAUGCCUGUUGUGUGAGGGGUGAGAACAGUGAAUUCCCAGCACAAAAGAGGCUUUUUUUGAUUAAAGAGUGUGAUAGUUUUAUGGAAAUUUUUUGAGGGACAACUCUCCCACUGUACCUUUCAUCACAGAGGAGGAUAGCAGUUCAGUGUUCACAUGGUUAAGUACAAAAUACUUCUACCCAUAGGAGAUACAUCAUCCAUUAAAGGGUAUAGUAGUUUGGCAGGUCCAAAUAGCAGUUAAAAAGAUUCUGUGAAUGCUUAUGUUAAUCAAAAUUCAAGAUCUUAAGAACCAGCUAAACAGGUAAAAAUUCUUUAACAAGUAAAAGGUUUAGAGGGUGGUCUGUUUGGUUUUUUUUUGUUUGUUUUGGUUGCAAGUUCCCCACUCCCACUUUGUACAUAUGUGUGAGGAUGCUGACAUGACAAGCAUGUUCUGCAUGUUAUGGGGCUGUGCAGAUGGUGCUUGCGACAGCUGAACAGGGUGCAAGCUGUAUAUAACUGUGUAGCCAUUUUGUGUCUGAGCCUCCAGUCAGCGUGUGGGAUGUCAGUGAUCCUCGGCAAAGUCAGGUGGAGUGAUGUGCAAGCCAGUGAGUGACUCAUUGGCAUUUGGCACAGUGCACUCUGUGAACUGUCAUUAUUUUUCUACAGCAUGUGACAUUUUUGUCAAGUCAUACACUUGCCUCUGCUUUCCAGGUGCUUCUGUGAUACCACAUAUGUACCUGGGGAGAUGUAAAUAAUAUAAGAGGUAUUUGUGUGGAAUGGUGACAAUAAUGAAAUAUGCUGAUGAGUUUAAAAAAAGCAAAAAAUAAAAAAUAAAGCAAUGUCUGAAUUAAUAA